AAAAUAGAAUGGGAAGUAGAUCGGCAAUAGAAUAAUUCGAGAGAACCCUCCCUCCCGAGCGGAACAGAACGUUGGCAACCGGACCGAGGAGGAGCGCGUUCCUCCCCCGAGCGAGUCCCGGCCGCACUUCUCGAGGGUGAGCCGAGGUCGAAACAGGCGUGAUGAGGAAUCUCUGACGACGGCAAGGAAGUGAGGGAGAGCGUGAGGAGGAGAGAGAAGAGAGAAGUGCACCGAGGAAGAGCGAGAAGCAGCCCCGCAUACAAGAGCGAGAGGGAGGAGGACGCCUAGCAGUUGCGGUCAGGGAGGAGCGGCUGCGGCUGCGGGAAGACAAGGCAGCGAAGAGGAAGGAGGCGGCAACGGCGGUGUGUGUGAGUGCGUGCGUGCGUGCGUGAAAGUGAGCGCGCGCGCGUCGGCCUGCCACACCAAGUCGUCUUCAUUUUUUCGACGUCCUGCUCUGUCAUGAGUCCUGCCCGGUAACGACGUAGCACAUGAGUGACGUUGACCAAAGCCUGCGUCAGCUCCUGGCUUCCUACGACUCUGCAGCGGCCAGACCCAAGCAGCCUCAGAACCAAAGUUGGCUCUAACAGCCAUCUAACGAAGUUCUCUAGAACCCAGAAUUUUAUAUAUUGAAUAGGACCUGAAAGAUGGCUAUCAUAGGCCACGGGGGCACAGACAUUGUCCGCCAGUUGGUGGGCAAUGUAGUGAACAUCUUCAAGAAGAAGCGUGCGCCGUGCACCUCCCCUUGCGACGGUCUAAUCCUCAAGAUGCACUACCAGUGGACCUUCUGGCUCUUACUAGCCGGCUUCUCUGCCGUGUGGUACUCCUGGUACCACCGCGACGUUAUCACGUGCGUCUCGCAUUUCAACGCCGAGACGCAGGUCCGUUUAGAUUACAUAAACAUCUGCCUCUCGUACCCCUACGUAGAGGAAGGUUCCUCGGAGAAGAGGUUCCUUCUCUUCUACAGGUGGAUCCACUGGACUCUCCUGGUGCUAGCUGGCAUUUACUACAUCCCCCGUAAAAUCUCCAAGAAUUCUGAGAACCCGAAGGUCAAGAAGCUGAUCGAGGACUUGGCGGUGAACUCUCACCGCUAUGACCAGGUCGAGCGAGAGCUGGUGGACCGCGCCGCCCGCUACAUCGCCUACAAUCUUAAGACACACAACGGGCUCUAUUACAAGUUCGUCACUUGCAAUUUGGUCGCCCUGGUGGUGGACAUUAUCAGCUUCCAGUUCCUCGACUUCGUGUUCCAGGGGCGCUUCAUGCACUACGGCUGGAUGGCCUACCCCUACAGCCGCGACCCCGUCAAUUUCUCCGACUACAUGUCCCGGACGUUCCCUCCCUUCGCCAAGUGUGAGCUGGGCGUGGCGAACAAGCUGGUCAACAAACGGACGGAGAAAUUCGGUUGCCAUCUGACGGUGAUGGAGCUCUACGAGAAGGUGUUCCUCGGCGUGUGGGUGUGGCUCAUCCUGCUGACGACUAUCACGUGCGCUUAUCUCAUCUUCCUGGGCUUCAUGUGGCUUCCGUACUUCCGCCUGAUGAUGCUCAAAGUGGCCAAGCCCCUCAAUGCCAAAGACACUGUGAGUAACACCAUAGUCUCCGUUGUGAACUGCUGCAAGAUCGGCGACGUCUACCUGCUGUAUAGACUGAAGCAGCACUUAAGUCACGCUCGCUUCUACGAACUCCUGACGAGGCUAUCUGACCCAGAGCUGAUCAAGACCAUGCUGGAGGACCCGGCCGACCGCGCCAUCAACGCUAAGAAUCACGACAUGCGAGGGAGAAAGCAGGCUGGCAUGGGCAUGGCCGGCCCCAAGGGCAAGUUCGGCGGCCCCAAUGAUCUCUUCAUCUCGCAGGACUACGGCCGACCGAACACGAGUAUUUUGGUUGAGUAAGCCGACCCUCUAGUCUCGUGCUAGAGGGAGUGGCGGCUCAUCCCAGUUUAAAAAAGUACUUAUUUUAUAUCAUCUUAUCUGAUGUUCAGUGAUAACCCGGGGAGGUCGUGCCAUCCCUAGUGAAGGUGAACUGUUGUCCCCAUUUAAGAAAUGUAAGAGUGCUGCCUUGGGAAAAAGGUAAUGAACGCUCCUUGAUACUUUUUUACAAGUCUGCUACACACUUCUCGUGGUGUACAACUCAUUAGUGAUAUUUCUAUAUAUUAACAUUCUUGUGACUGUGUUAUUUGUGGAAGCCAAUCCAAUGUCUGAAAGCCGUUACUGUGUAGGACCGUCCGUCUCCAUGUGUUCAACAUCCCCUCCCCUUUUUGCUUUUUUUUUAUAACCAGUUAUUUAUAAGCCAUGUCAGAGGGAAAACUCGUGUAUGUGUUUUUUAAAGGCAGGAAGCUGGUAUAGAAUGCAUUGUUUCAUCGCAUUUAUAUAUUAUAAAGCACCUACUUGAACGAAUGAAUGCUGUGUGGAUAUGCUUGUGGUAUAUAGUUCUCCCCUUUUAAGUUAUGGAUCUGCAAGGUUUCCUAGCCGUUAAUAUUGGUGCCGACCAGUCAUACUCAGUCACUGGCACAGCAUUUGUUAAAUUUUUUUUUUUUUUUUAACUUGUUAAAUAUAGAGAAAAGGUAGGCCGAGAGAGGUGGUUAAAAUGCAUUAGGUUCUUUUUGUAAGAGUUCCAGAAUGCGAACCAGUUUUUAAAUGUUAUUUUUAAUAGCCGGUAUCUCAUUCCUGUUUUAAACGACCCCCAUCUCUUUAUUAUUAAUUUAUAGAUCUUUUGACAAUUGUUGUGAAAUUGUAUUUUUUAGCCUGUAAACUUGUUAAUGACUGCAUUCGGGCGAGCGAAGCUGAGCUGCGCUGCCACGGCGAUAGUGUGAUAAUAAAUGACUAGCCAAAUCUUGAGCUGGUGCAAGCGACAUUUUUUUUGACUGUUGUCUCUUAUGACUGACAAUCAUAAAGCUUUUUGUAUUUUGGUAAAAUAAACAAAAAUUGAAUUAAGUUUUA